AUGGCUUCCCCACAAGAUGACUACCUCAUCUUCCCUGACGAAACCAACCAAUCCCUCGACACAAUCCCAUCUUUGGCUGUGUCAACCCAACAUGAAAAUACCGAAAACUCAGCGCUGUCCUACAAUGUCGUUCCAGGAUCAGCAUCACCGCCGUCUUUCAAAAAUCUGGACCUUGGCUAUUUCUCCGACCACCCUCUCACUACGCUCGAAGACCAUACUGCCCUAAUGGAGAUGUGUCUGAAGGAAAAUAAUCCUGAAGCCCACUACAUAGAGGGCUUGAAGGAAUAUUUUCACUUUGGGAACACUGCCAAAGGACUAUCCCACCUUCGCAGUUCCGCCGAUGGAGAUUACGCAAACGCUACGUACAUGUACGGUCUGCUUAUGCUGUCCAGAUGA